CCAAAGUGGAAGGCGCGAUGUCUUGCAAACGUAUAAAAACGCACCUGCUCGAUAUCCAUUUUUUCUCUGUCUAUUCUUCCUUUAUCUCCACAUUAACCAUCAUGGCCGAACGUGUCCUAGAACUUGUUGCUACUCGCCAUAUUACUAUUUUCUCCAAGGCGGACUCCCCCGAGACAAUCCCGGCCGUCAGUUUGUUGGAGGAGACUUUUGGUUUCUCCCCUUUUAUUUUGUACCUCGACCAAGAUCCCGAAGGCACUGAAAUUGAGCAUUACCUCAUGCAUUCUACCCGCCAGCAAAGUUUGCCCAACAUUUUCAUUAAGAAGCAUCAUAUUGGUGAUUUUAACUCUCUGAUGAUGCUUCACCAGACUGGUCAAUUAAAAAGCGCCAUGGCUUAACAAUCACGUAUUGUGUUUGCGCCAAGAUUGAUAGUAGCCGACUUUAGCCAUGAGUAUGAAAGUUUGACCGCAUUCAAUAAAUCGCUCUUACACACUUGUAAACCAGAUAAGUAACUGUUAGGAUAAAGUAUUUGACUGAGAUUUCACCGUAAUUAGUUAAUGGUGUAUUAGGCUCGCG